UAUGAAUACCAAUAUUGAUUGUAUAAUAUCUUCAUAUAUCUAAAAGACCGUUCACUUCCUUAGGGUAACUUUCCUGCUAGAAAUAUAGAUAGAAAUGCUACAUAAUAAUCACCUUAAAGAAAUCCAAAAAGGUUUUAAUAUUUUUCUAUUAUCUCUUAGAGAAUUUGAUUAUAGAUUAAUUCAACCGAAAAUUUAAAAUCUAAAUGCAUCCUCUAAUUCUUUAUCAAGACUUCGUUCAGAUACCCCUAUUACCAUUCGAGGAUAAAAUUAUCGUUACGUAGGUUAAAUGAAUGGAAAUUAGAAAGAAGGAGUUGGUUCAUAUUUUACAAAUGAACUUGAAUAUGAGGGUGAAUGGCGAAAUAAUGUAUAUCAUGGAUUUGGAAAAUUUUAUUAAGAAGGCAAGUUAUCAUAUCAAGGGCAAUUUAAAAAUGGAUUAAAAAAUGGAGCUGGAAUAGAAUAUUAUGAGGAUGACUCUUAUUUUGUAGGUAAUUUUGAAAAAAAUCAAAAAAAUGGAAUUGGAACUCUCUAUAAAAAAAAUGAGAAAAUAUCUGGGAUAUGGCAAAAUGAUAAACUAAUAGAGAAAUAUUGA